UCCUCAAACUACAAAGUGAGUUGAACAUUUUCUCUCGGCAAGCAUGAAGUCCUUUUUUCCGAUUUUCCUUGCCUUUGCUGCCUCCAGCUGUUACGCCUCGAUGGAGGAGCUCUCCUACACCGUUGAAGAAGUCUACAACUCAGGAGAGUUUGAGCGACGCAAUUUUGCCACAGGUCAAGCGUUUGCUUGUACUAAUGCAAGUUAUUACAAUGGCAAUCCUAUUAGAGUUUUCUUGGCUCUUAAGAAGUAUAUUGAUGGCGACAACGACAAACAUAUGAUCAUUCCCAUGACUCUCCCUGUUUUCACCGUCCGUCAUCUGGAUAAUGGGAAUGUGGUCGAGGAUCGAACCUGCCUCUACUUGGGUAAAGAUUACGCACAAUGUGCCCCCACUCCAAACUCUCCAUACAUUGAAAUCCGACAUCCUGGCGUGCAGAUCGCCUUCACAAGACAAAUUGGAGGGUUUAUGACUGCCAGCAGUGCUGCGACGGAAUACACUAGCCUAAAAGCUCUUCUGAUUCAAAACGGACUGGGGAAUCAACUCGAGACCAAAUACUACGCAUUUGCCCGUUACAACGCUCCUGGGGCCCAAGGACCUCGAAGAAACGAGGUGUGGAUUUUCAAGGCGUCCAAUUAAGGAAUCUCCUACGUUUGACUCCAAAGACGUUUCGAGCGAGACCUGAAUGUAUAAUAAACAAUCGGAAAAUAAGCCCAAGCACCAAAUAAAACAAUGUUCAGCUUGAA